AUGACGUAUGGUACUCCUCCAUUGACCCCAGGGACGGACGUGGGGAAUGUGAAAGCCGACACGGUGUGCAUAAAUGAGCAAGACAGAACAAACGCUUGCUUGGAAGCUAUCAACUCUUCUGCGAUCAUCACGGGAUACGCGGAACUUAUAAGGCGAGUAUAUCCCUUGGAGGUUGAGAGAAGGGAAUGCCAGUACUUCACGAUGUUGAGACACCCCAUCGAUCGCCUGGUGUCGGCGUUUUUCUACUGCCCAACGGACCACGAUGUCCAAUUGAGGCCUCGGAAGUGGUGUGGGCACGAGGAGCACCCGGUGCCCGCGACCGAGCGCCUGCUGGACUUCGCGCAGGAAAGCUGGCGGAAUCAGGCGUUCAAGCAGAUGACGUUUGGCUUGUACUGCCCCCCUGACACCUUCUGCGAAGAGGCGGAGGUUGAUUCACCGCAGAUGCUGGACGAACCCGGUAUUCUAGAUGUCCUCCAGCAGGUCCAGGACAUCUUGGCGGGAUAUACGGCAGUGGGUAUUAUGGAGCACUGGGAUCUGUCUAUACAGCUCUUCAACGCGCGCGUGCGGUCACCCGUGCGUGAGUGGAACGUGUCCAAGCAGAGAAAUCCGGGGGUAAUGACCAGGCUUCGCGAUGAGGUGCUUCAAUGGGCUCACAAAAGCCCGGCCAUUCACCGCGUAAUAGGAACAGAUAUGUUGUUGUACUCCUUUGGGCUGUCCAUUUUCAAGCAGCAGACGACUGCAUCACUUGGUACGAAUUGGCUCGAGAUGUGAUCUCUCUGUCACGACCGCACUCGCGAACAUUUUGUAUGCCCGAUGGAAGCUGACUCCCACGAGCGGUACAGUGUAGUUUUUUUUCAGAUUGUUGGGGGUGUAUGAUGCUGUUUUGCCGUUCCUUCGGAAUGAUGUGUGGAGUGAUUCCCGAUUCGCCUUAUAUGUGGUGUGAACACUGUUGUGACCGAAGCAGUGAUCACGAUGGACUCGGUAAAGAGGCGACUAAUUGUUGUUCCGUUUUGAGGCUCCUUUUUAUCUUGUGUCCUCUUGUGUCGAGAUGUAGACAAAAAGAGCGUGAUCUCUUGUACCUGGCACCGUAUCGGGCUAGAGCGUAGCGAUUCUGCCCAGAGGGUGUUUGUGUUGUGUAGUAUUGAAUUCACCUUGUUGCAUACGGCGACAGGCUGCAGAAACCGUAGAAAAGCAUGGCAAUGGUGUCAUCAUGUGUGUGUAGCCGGCAAGGUGUGCGCCCAAAAAUUACCACGAUCACCGUACUUUGUGAGGUUUAUGUGGAAAAGAGGGUUUCGUCCUCGACAGACGUUGGGGAGUUUCAACCUUGAUGAAGGUGGUCUCCACAUUACCCCCCCCUUUUUCGAGGUUUCUUCUUGUUUGCUAGGCAAGAGAAGUCUUCUUGGGGUAACCGGAACCCGACCGGCUGGCGGCGAGUAGAACCCCCUUUUUUUCCAACAAUCUUCUGUGCGUGUGUGCGGGUGCGCCACUUCCGCCACGCAUUGCCAGAAGUUUCGAGUUCGAAAGACAGCACAGAGAACCCGUUUCUUGGCCCACCCACCGAUUUUCUUUUUUUCCGUAUUCCGGAAGAAAACUUGGUGAGCAGCGGGUUUUGAACCCGUGUCUUUUGCAACCAAGAGCAGACACGUUGAUAUCUCUUCGUCGACGCCAUUGUGGAAAAGAGGGUUU